GGUAGUGUUGGUUAUGUCAGUGAUCGUGUGCCUUUAGAUGUUGGCACUCGUACCCCUGCAUCAAUCAGGGUUUUAAGAGAAUCGACUUUUCCUCUUCUUUAUACAAGAAUCAAUUCCAUUUCCCUUUUCUUGCAAUUGCAUCUCACAAGGUGCUUACUUUGUGAAUAAGAGAUCUUCUUAACAAAAGGUCUGAUCUUUCCUCAACCAUAGGCUUCCUUUCAAGUGGCCAUUUUCCUUCAUUUUCAAGUUGUUUCCCAUCUCAUUCUCGAGUCUACUCUCUUGACGGAACAAUCUUACUCCAUCUUUCUCUGUUCUUGCUCCCUCUCUGCACAAACUCCGAGCAUGGGGGUUGCGAUAUCUAAAUUUGCAAAGAGGUUUCUGAAGAAGAGUGCGCUGAGGAUACUAAUGGUGGGUCUUGAUGCAUCGGGCAAGACGACCAUCCUGUACAAGCUGAAGUUAGGCGACGUCGUCCAAACAAUACCAACCAUCGGUUUCAACGUAGACACAGUAGAGUACAGGGAUAUCAAUUUUAAUAUUUGGGAUGUUGGAGGGCAGGAUAAGAUCCGGCCUCUGUGGAGACACUACUUCCAGAAUGCACAAGGACUCAUCUUUGUGGUGGACAGCACCGACAGAGAGCGGAUUGGCGAAGCUCGGAGCGAGUUGCAUAAGAUCCUAAGUGAGAAGGAAUUGAGUAAUGCAGCUCUUCUUGUAUUUGCCAACAAGCAAGACCUGCAGGAACCUAUGCACGCCUCCGAAAUAGCCGACAAACUCGGCCUGCAUUCACUCGGUCAGCGUCACUGGUAUAUACAGAGCACUUCUGCCACCUCUGGACAGGGACUCUAUGAAGGCCUCGAUUGGUUGCAUAACAACAUCCCCUGCAAGGCCAUGUAGAAGGGUCUCUUGCUCGACUCUUCAGCAGCAGAAACUUUUACAAACAUACACAGAGCAGAUUGACGAAUGGAAUCUAUGCUGCAUCUUUCUCGAGCCGUAUACAAGCCAUUUAUAAGCAAACCGAACUUCCAAGACAUCAUCAAACCUUAAAGUGCAAGUUAAAGAAAAGCAGAAUCAAUUCUUUUUUUGGUCAGGGUCAUUGUGAUUGGCCGCAGUGAUAAUUGUAAACUGUAUUCUCAGUUCGGUCUUGCAUAUGGUGGCAAACGAAUACCAAGAGUUUCACCAAUUCAA